UUACGGACAAGCACAGAAAGUCCUCUCUCAGUUUAGAAGUCAAAAAUGGCUGAAUAUCCAUAUCCGCUGUAUUUUGAGGCCAGAUAUUUAACAGACAGAGAGAAGGAAAAGGUCAGGAGACACUUUCAGAAAAGAAGAGACUCCGGAGGAGGCGACUGUGGGGGGAUUGAAAAGGUGGGAGACAACGUCUAUAAAGUCUGCUUCAAGGAACAAGAAGACCAGGAAAGGGUUUUAUUAAUGAGGAAAACUCAUACGAUUAGUCUUCCUGGGGGAGAUCUACACCUGACCGUAACUCGGAGCAGUUCACCACAGACCCAGGAUCAGCCAUCAACAAGCCAAUCACAAACAACUACUAAAGUCGGCACAAAAGGUCUUGAGAAGAUUUUCAAGACAGACAUCUUUCUCUUGUUCUACAUGAGAGACAACCCUAAAGCUUACAAAAUACUGCAGAAGCAGUUGUCUGCAAUCGGCUGUUCAAUACAGCUAGAUUUUGAGGAAGAAGAGGCAGUGGUGAGGGGUAACAUAGAAAAGGGGCCUGGAGGAGCUUUUGAUGGUGCAGCAGAAAACUGGGAGCUACAAGUGGACCGGACCUUCAUCAAUCUCAUCGAGGCCUACACAUGCCAUCAUGUCCUUGAGCCCAAACAAGUCAAGAAGGUUCUACAGGAUCCCUUCUUUGUGUCUGAUGAUGUGAGAGUGUACUCAGAGAGUGGCUAUGCUGUGGUUGUAGGGGAGACAGAUGUAGUGAAGGACAAGAUUGCGGUUCUGGAGAAAAGCAUACCAAUUCGCAAAGAGCAGCCGGUUGUGGAAAAGCGGUACAAGAUGAUUGAGGAGGAGUUCAACCGAGAGAUGAGUGCAAGUUGUCCAGAGGUUAAAAUCAGCAGGGCCUCUAACAUCAUCAUCUUAGAAGGUCCUGAAGAUAAGGUGCAGYYUGGUGCAGCCAAACUUAAYGAACUGAUGAARAAGAUACAAGAAAAGAGGGUUAAUCUUUCAAAUGRUUUAUUARMCUUCAUGGCAACUAGCAUCGUCAUCUCCAAGUACCAAACACGGUUUGAGCAAAGUCUCAGAAGCCCAGUGUCCCUGGAGGUCGGGUCGGAACUGGUUCUGUCCAGUUUGUCUUCGGAUGCUCUUAGGGAAGCAGAGACGACGGUGCUGAGAGAUCUGAAUGAGUCCAGUGUGACUCUUCAGGGUGCUGCAGCUGUGGCUCCAGAUCUAGACAGACUCAAGGAAAUCCUCGACAAAGCCAAGAGCGAGGAAAACCUUGGCGAGCCAAGAGUGAACUUUAGCUUCCUUCCUGGAUCCAGUGGCACUUCAUCAUCCAGAGUGAAGCUGGUGGGCUACACUGAACAUGUGAACAAGCUUAAAGAGCUUAUUUAUUCUUUCCAGGCCAAUCAGGUUUCUACUCAAGAGGUUAUCAGUCUGCAGUAUCCUGAACUUGUUGACUGCUUUGAUAAAAUCUUAGAAAUACUUGGCAUGAAGCAGACCAAUGUGACACUCAAAGCCUCCACUUUUCCAAAUCCUUGUGUUGUUUUGUCUGGUCCUCGUUUGCGGGUUCAGGAAACCAAACAAACCCUUGGGUCAGCUCUGGCCAGCAUGACGAUGGACAAAAUGGUUCUGGAUGGUCCUGGGGCGCUGCAGUACUUCCAAGGAGCUGGUAAAGUCAGCAAGGAGCUGGUUGAAAAUUCCUGCCAGGUGAUUAUUAGGGAACAACAAGUUGCUAGCUCACCAAUUGUGGCAACCAAACAGCGAAGCCUCAGCAGCAUCACACCAAGAUCGUCAACUCCCAGGACUCGCUUCAGCACUGUUGGAGACAGUCCAGUCAAAAUCAACCUAAAAAUCAAGAUUGGCAGCUUAGAGAAAGAGCAGGUGAACGUUUUGGUCGUCCCCACACAUGGCAGGCAGCUGUCUUCAACAAAUAUUGGCAAAUCAUUGCUUGUGAAAGGCGGAGAUGUGGUCAAAUCAAAGUUCAACUUAUUGGCUGCAAAUUCUUCCCUGAUUCCUGGUGAUGUUCUGGAGGUCGGUGCCAGCGCCUCUCUGGGUUGCUCCAAGAUAUUCUGCAUGGAGUGCCUGGCUUGGGACGGAGUUGGAGGAAGAGGAAUCCAGGCUCUUUCUAGGGGGCUAAGAAGAUGUUUGGACCUCUGUGCAGAGAAGGGCUUCAGUUCAGUGGCUAUUCCUGUUAUCGGGCCUGGACUUCUCCUAAAAUACCCCUUGAGUGAAGCCGUUCAAGUUCUGAAGGAAAGCAUUCGCCAAUUCGCAUUGUCUGACCGAUGUGGGAAUCUCACCACCAUCCACAUCGUCAUUAAACCGGGCUAUCCAGACUCUGAGGAGAGCUACCAUGAAGUAUACAAACAUCUCAGCUCAAUCAUGAACCAGAGAGGCAGAGCGCUCUUCGGAUCCCUCACCAGUGACCUUGAUGACAUCAACAUCACUGUAGGAGGCGGGGUCAAACUGCAAUUGGUGUUCGGCGACAUCACUAACGAGACUACAGACGUUGUGGUGAACACCACCGACUUUGUCAACUUCUACAAUGAGGGAGUCUGCAAAGACAUUUUAACCGUAGCUGGAUCAGUGGUGGAAGCUCAGCUGAAAGCAGCGAAAGUGAGCCGAGGAAAAGUUUUUGUGACAUCGCCUGGACUGUUUCCCUGUAAAGCCAUCUUACAUGUAUGUGGAGAGAAAGAUGCAAGCCUUGUUGAAACUCUUGUGCCCAGCAUCAUUGACUACUGYGAAAAMCAGGGAUUUAGCUCUGYAGCGAUUCCUGCCAUCUGUGCAGGAGCCGGUGGGCUGGACCCUGCAGUCGUUGCAGGUGCAAUCCUGAGAGGAAUCCAAACUGCCGCAUCAKCUGGUCCUUUUUACAGCCUCACCUCCAUCCGGCUGGUCCUGAUUAAAAUCAACGUCUUCUUAGCUUUUAAAGAAGAAGCAACACAGAUGUUCCCCACUUCUGGAAGAAAAUCACCACCAUUUCAGGUGCCUCAGGUACAACAGCAGGCACCUUUAUCUCUGGUUGCCGACCUCAGCAUAUAUGAUACCGUUCCUGUGAGUGAGCCAUCGACAUUCCUGUUCCUGGGUCUWACCAGAAAGGAAGUUAAUGAUGCCAUGGAAAAAMUGAARAAYCWKUAUAAGMKYCAGUGYRCYGAWCACACCUUCCCCAAAGAGCAGCUAGACAGUCUCAACGCAGACGACAUGUUAGAUCUGCAGCAGCUGGUGAGGAUGGAGGGUCUGUACAUGAAGAAGGAUCCGUCUGGAAGCCUGAUGGUGAACGGCAUGAAAGACGGGGUCAACAGGGCAAUUGUGAAGUUCAAUUCAAACCUGCACGGUAACCUCAAGAGRGARGUSARRGRGARGGAGGAGGACGAUUUAGUCCUGACGGGCGUCUACACUCUGGGCCAAAGCGGCAUGAAGGUUCCUCCGCCUCGCGAUGACCAGCAGCCUCAUAUACUAUAUGACAGCGUGGUGGAUAAAAUGGACAGACCCAAUAUGUUUGUCGUGUUCCACGAUGACCAAGCUUACCCGGACUACCUCAUCACCUUCAAGCAAUGA